CAACCUCCGCUCUCCGCUCUCCGACGCCCUCCGCUCCGCUACCGUCCUGGCAGUCAAACAAAAGCUCUCUGACGCCCGUCCGCUGCCUGGUGAUCAACCACCGCCACAUCACCACCACAGCCAUCAUGUCUCAAUUGCUGUAUAGAUUCAUCAAUUCCGAGCACUUCAGCGAUGACCCUUUCUACACUGUCACCUACUUGGCCCGCUACGCCGACCACAUCGGAAUCCACCACUUCCUCUGCACGAAGCUACGCGAGUUCAGCUAUGAGGAGAUCGAGUUUUUCCUGCCGCAGCUAUGCCACCUGCUCGUGAGCAACGAGAAUAUGCAGUCGGUCGCCCUGGAGGAUUUCAUAUUCGAGCUGUGCGAACAGUCGGCGCAUGGUGCACUAUUGACAUUUUGGCUCUUUCAAACCCAUCUGCAUGACUUGGCCGGGAACCCGCAGUCCACGGCAUUUAAGGGGGUGUUUGCAUCUAGGUAUGUCGGCGAAUCUACAACCGGAUACAGAACAUCGUGUUUGGAAGCGGAGAAAACGCCGAAGAAGAAGGAACGGUUGAAGGAGAAUGUCCUUCCAGUCACAGUUCUCGCCAGCCUGAUCGUCGGCAGCAUCGCGGCGCCAAUCCUACCGCGAUUUGCGGGCCCGCUCGCAGUGGCUCAGGCGAGGAAACAGGCUACACCUCAGGAAACGAUAUCCGAGAUGCCCACGAAACUGGUGCGCAGCAAAACUACUGGUUCUUCGGGAACCCGGAGGAGAAAGGAAAAACCACCCCCGCUGGCGAAACCUUCUUCGAGUCUGGGUCUUGCCGUACCACCACCGCUCUUGACAACGGAAUCCAGGUCACCGGGCUCACCGGUAGCGAUGGCAUCCCCGAGGCGGACAAAGACCGAUCCGAGAAGCACGUCCUUAGCAAGACGGUCCUCAUACAAUGACAUGCUUGCCGCGCCCGAAGCACCACCGACAUCACCUUCCCUACCAGACCUACAUUCUCAUCGCCACUCAAUUCAGUCGGCAGCCAGCUUAAUGGCUCCAUCGAGCUCCAGCGGCAAGCGGCGGCAACAUAAAGACAGGCCUCUAACCCCCGCCGUAUUAUCUACAUCCAGAAAGAUCCACAUGUUAAGGGCCAACUAUUUUCGUAGAGAGGAUCAGUUUCUGUCGGCUUUAGACAAGAUAUCAAACAAGCUGGUGGAAGUUCCCAAGCAAGCGCGGUUGAGCGCACUGCGGGCCGAAUUGGCGCUUCUUGACAACGACCUGCCGUCGGAGGUCGACAUUCCCGUAAUAUGUCCGGCAACCGUGCACCAAAUCAAAUCACGAACCAGCCACCACCGGAUCGUUCGGAUCAAUCCGGCAGAAGCAACGGUCCUUAAUAGCGCCGAGCGGGUGCCGUAUCUGCUGAUGGUCGAGGUGCUGCGCGACGAUUUCGACUUCGACCCGAGCAAGUCCGAGAACGAAACACUGCUGUCCAACCUGCUGCGGGAGGAGGCGUCGGGGAGCCGGCAGAGAAUGUUUGAUCUUUCGGAGUCGCCGCGGCAGUCGUCGCGGUGGGUGGGAUCCUCGGAUGAAGGUCCGAGCAGCGUGUUCGAGCCAUCUGGCGGUGACAUCGGGACAUCCCCAAUCAUUGGCGUAGACGAUGCGCUUGAUGCGCCUGUCGAAACAUCCGGGGGUGAUUCGUCUUCGGUCACCCACUGGCCGCGAUCGUCGAGCGGCGCAAACAGCAUCUCCACGUUGUCGUCUCGAGGCGGCACUCCGCGGUCAUCAGAUCCGGGCAGAUCCGGCAGUCCCGGGCGGAAGUCUGGGAGACCGCAUAACAACGAAAGCCCGGAUCUUUCGGCGCUGGCGACGCACAUGCGGACGGCAGCAAACAUGUUGGCGCAGCUGGAAGCCAGCGGCGGGAAACGACCAAAGAGCGAAGUGGCCGCGAUUAAGGCCAAGAUCAUUGCCAGCAUGCAGACGCUCGAGGAGCAGAGCUUCUUCUUCCAGGAAGCGGCGCCAAUCCCGACAUUCGACACGAUCAUGGCGAGUGCGGCGACAGCAGCACCGAUCCCUAAUUACGACGACCGGGUGGAGGAAGGCGACGGGACCAAGCCCAAAAACAUCAACAGCGAAGCCGGCGCCGCACGCAUGGAAAACGACCAGAUGACGUCGGGAGUGGAGCGGAAAGCCGACCGCGACGACCCCAGUGCAGCCACGUUCGGAGAGGAAUGGACGGCGAAGCGCGAGCGAGUGCGGAAAUCGUCGCCGUACGGUUCGUGUCCCAACUGGGACCUGCUCAGUGUCAUCGUCAAGACGGGCGCGGACCUGCGACAGGAGGCGUUCGCGUGCCAGCUCAUCCAGGUCUGCGAUAAGAUCUGGCAGCGUGCGGCCGUGCCCGUGUGGCUUAAACGCAUGCGCAUUCUGGUUACUGGCGAGUCCUCUGGCCUGAUCGAAACGAUCACCAACGGCACUUCCCUGCACUCGCUCAAGCGCAGUUUAACAAUCGCCUCCAUCGCCUCGGGUCAAAACCCCCGCGGGCGCAUCGCCAGUCUCAAAGACCACUUCGUCAAGACCUUCGGGGCGGAGGACACGCCGACUUACGCAGCGGCCGUGGACGCAUUCGUGCGGUCUCUCGCGGCCUACAGCAUAAUCUGCUACAUCCUGCAGCUGAAGGACCGCCACAACGGCAACGUUUUGAUCGACAACCAGGGGCACAUAAUCCACAUCGACUUUGGUUUCAUGCUGUCGAACUCGCCGGGGUCCGUGGGGUUCGAAAGCGCGCCGUUCAAGCUGACGCAGGAGUACGUCGACGUCAUGGGCGGCGUCGACUCCGAGGCGUUCGCGCUGUUCAGAACGCUGUGCAAGCAGGCCUUCCAGGCGCUUAGGAAGUCCGCCGAUAAUUUAGUACUGCUCGUCGAGCUCAUGGGGAAGGAGUCCAGAAUGCCCUGCUUCAGCUCCGGCGCUAUUUAUGCUACCUCCCAGCUGAAGCAGAGGUUCGUACUACAGAUGAGUGAGCAGGAGGCUGGCGACUUUGUGGAUGUGCUCGUCCAGAAGAGUCUCGGGAGCUAUUUCACUAGGAUGUAUGAUCAAUUCCAGUAUCUUUCGCAGGGGAUCUACUGAUCCCCAUCCCCUCCAUCCCCAUCCCA